AAAGAAACAUUUUUUAACAAGAGGUUCCUUGUGGUGAGACCACACGUUCUCAGCGUGAGCUUGCUAGCUUGAUGCAUUGGAAGCAGUUAGCAGCUGCUUUGCAGUAAUGGGCUGAUGCAGUCCCAGUGCUCCUGUCCUCUCAUUGGGAGCAGCAGGUGAGACAGAAGAGCAAGAACUAGCGAGAUUACUACCAUAACUUAUUGGCUCAGCAGAUCUACUGGGUUGUUUUAACAGCAGGGUGGCUUUACACUGCAGAUCACACUUCAGUGCUCUAUCUUAUUAAGGGAAGAUGUUUUGUCCAUUAAUCCAAUUAGCACUGUGGGUUAAUAAGAUUGUGCUUCCUGAAGUGGAGCAGCCGCACAAAUAGCAUAAAUAUACCUAUACUCAUAAGCAAUGCCAAUAACCAGGGUGGUAUUUCCCUGUAUGCUCAUUAUGUUUUACAAGCAACGCUCUCAAGUUACACAACAACUUCUUAAGUAGAACAUCUCACCAAAGAGCUAAAGGUGCUGAAAACAUUUACGCACUGAUAAAAUUCCCUUUCUCCUCAAUAUAGGCAGGUAGGUUCCAGCCCAGGGUAGUGCUUUGAGUAUCAGAGUAUCUCUUUGGGGACACACGGUCCUUAACUUCAAACAAUGUCCCUGAGUUACUGACACAGAAAGCAGAGCAGCUUGCAAAAAGAAAAGAAACUAAACAAACGGGAACUAAUAACUUUCAGAAUAGCUCGAAUUGUUGCGGUGGCGUUGUUCCCAUAAUAGCUCCUGCUUGGCAAAUUACAAUGUGUGGAUUUCUGGUACAACGAAACAUGCAGGGAAAGCUCGUCCCCGGGCAGCCCCACAGCUUCAGGAGCUGAUGGAAAGCCGGAGCAGAGCCUGACAGGCACCCAACUGAGCCUGGGGUUUCCGAACUACAUUUCCCAGAGCUCCUGCUGGGGGAAGAGCGACUCAACGCGGUCAGACAGCUGCUGUUUGCUCCGCUGGCUGGAGGAGCAGUGCUUCCAGCUGAGGUCAACGGCAGCGUUUCGGAGCUGUUUCCUGCUGCUGCGGACGGUGUGCCGCCUUCUACUCCGAGAGCAGAGACAGCUUCCCAUAGGUGCUGAUUAUGGCUGCAAUUUAUCAAGCAGCAUAUAGAGGAGCUGCUCUCUUCUGCAGGUCACACUCUACCUAUGUUAGAAAAAUGAGAUACUUAAAUAAGCUAAAGGAAGAUGACAGCUUGUGUAGACAAGCCCAGACCUCCGGAACUUUCUACCUCUUUCACAAUCUCUCACCCUUCCUGCGGAAAGUCGGGAAGAAGUAUUUGAUACCACAGCUCAGUGCAGCAGAAAUGAAAAGGAUCCUGGAGAAAUUCAAAGAGACUGAACAGUGGAUAGAGAAGUCGGUGCUGAUCGGUUGUUCAGAUGAGCAUGUACCACACUUUGCCCUGGAUUUAGCAGGAGCUUCGGAAAAAUCAGUUAUUGAGGCUGAGCUCAAAGGAUCGUUCACUGACUUACGAAAGGCUCUCUUUGUAGUGGAUGAGAAGGAUUCUACUUUGCUGGCCUCGGCCCAGGCCCUUCUCCGGUGGCAUGAUUCCCACCAGUACUGUAGCAAAACUGGGCAGCCAACUCAGAAAAAUAUAGCUGGCAGCAAGCGUGUGUGCCACGCCAGUGGAAUUACUUAUUACCCACAGGCAUCUCCAGUAGUCAUCAUCUUGGUGUCUGAUGGCAGCCGCUGCCUCCUUGCACGACAGCCCUCAUUUCCUGAGGGGAUGUUCACCGCUCUGUCUGGCUUCUGUGACUUAGGUGAAGCUGUGGAGGAGGCAGCCCGGCGGGAGGUGGCAGAAGAGGUGGGCCUGGAGGUAGAGUCACUCCGGUACUCAGCGUCCCAGCACUGGCCGUUCCCCAGCAGCUGUUUAAUGAUAGCUUGUCACGCAUUGGUGAGGGGACAGCAGUUGAAGAUCAGUAUGAACAGCCUGGAGCUGGAGGAAGCCCGCUGGUUUAGCCUGGAGGAAAUCGUGGACGGUCUCAAGCGAGGACCCAAAUCUGCAAAGCAAGACAAUGGAAGUUUUCUACCCUGGUUCCCUCCCAAGCAGGCCGUUGCUCACCAAUUGAUUAACGAGUGGGUUAAGCAGCAGACUUCCCAGCCAACUCAGGUGCAGUGACUUCAUCAAGCUUAUAUCUCUACUAGAGUUACUAAUGCUUGACACAAAAGCUUCCAAAGCUGAAAUCUGUCGUACAGCAGGUAUAACCUGAUGGCAGUCCUACAUAUGGAUACACAGACCUACACAGCCAUUUCUAAACUGAUCAUCCUCAGACAACUCCUUGCGCAGUGGAUCACCUUUGAGAUGCAUUGACUUGUAGUAAACAUACAAUAAAAUUCUUUGUCCCAGAGCACGAAACAUUGUCAUCUGCUGCUGGUGUUGCCCAGUAAGCAACAAAACAACAAGCCCUGUGCAGCUACGUCCCUCUUUUCUCCAUUUUAUCCAUCUAGAGGUUGUGAUGGAUAUCUGAACCCACAAUUUUUCCAGAACAAACAUUAAGGGAGAGAGGCCUUUUAGUGUUCAUCUGUACAUCAGUCUGGAAUGACAGACAAAGAAACAACAGAAGAGGCAAUGCCUGUAUGCUCUUCCCUUCAUCCACUUCCAUUCCUGUUGAAUCUUCCAGUUUCAUAUGUAACUUUGCUUAUUUCUCCCCUCCACCCCCCAAACAUCAAGCAUACUCCUAUUUUGAUGAUAAAUGACAGUAACGGAAACUGCUUCUGGAGACACCGCUUUCCCUGCCAGCAGAACAGAACGCGACACUUCCAUCCCAAGGAAGAGAGAACAGAGCUACCUGGUGGUAGAGAGUGGAAGAGCAGAGCCUAUAUAUGAGCAUAUUAGAACCCAAAAAACUCAAAGGUGAGAUAAAAUUACUGAAAGACACAAUGUCUUUCACCCUGUGCCAAAAGUCUGUGGCUUUCUUGGAGAACUGUUUGCUUUACUGGUGAAGUGGUAUUGUGUCUGCAGGGAGAGUUGGCAAAGAUUUGGGGAAAGGGAAGCAGAGGAAGCAGAUGGAAGGAUCUGCUGCUUUUUUAGUCUUAGUCCUUCCUGCUUACUUGGCCAGAAUUCAAAUGCCAAGAAUGUAAAGCCAUCAGUACAUGUACUCAAAGGGGGAAUAGGACAGAAAGUUAGUACAGAUUGGAGCAUUAUUGGUGCCUCCCCUCCUGCCCAGCCAGACCUUUAAAUGAACUCACACACCACCAAACCUAACUGCAACUCUCCUACUUCUGGUUGCCUUCAAAAUAUGCCUCGCUGCCUCUCUUUGUGGUGGUUGCUUCUGUUUUCUCUCCCAUCAUUUUAAUAUUCCAUAAUUUUUCCUCUUCCUCUCUCGUCUCUGGGAUGUGCCACUUCCACUUUCAGCUCCUUUUUUUCCUGUUAUCUGUAUUAAAAACACAGAAGAGUUAGACCCCAGCCAAAAGGGUAUUUGUUCUUCUCAAGCCCCUUCAUCUUUCUUCUAACCUCCCCACCACACUCCAUGCACUUGCAUAAUGUGACCCAGGUUACAACACUUAGCUUGGCGUGCUGAAUAUCCACACAGGAUCUGCUCUCUAGUAGAAAGAAAACUAAGAAGUAAAAGCUGCAAGAAGUAUUGCACCUGAAAGAGCAAAGGAACGGCUGUGGGACUUCUGCAGCAAUUUCAACUCUGAAUAUGCAACUGUUCCUCUGCUCCAGAGAGUAUGUCUAACAAACCAGCUGCAGUGUGACCAGAAUUUGACACUGGAGAAAACUGACCUCUGUUUGCUGGGAAACACUGGAUUACUGCUUACCAAAUGAUGCUUUUAACUCAGACAGGCAGUCAGCGGGCUCCAACUGAAAGAACCAACACCAGCUCCUUCAGAACCAUCCCCUCUGCAUUGCUGAUGCACAGCUGGCUUGGCAGGAUGUCCCCACAGGGUGAUGCAGGCUGAUGGGCUGCCCAGGUUGAAGCUGACACCUCUCAGACUUCAGAGUUGCAGCUCCGUGUGUAUUCAGAUCACAGCAGGCUUUUAAAGGACUUCACAUUUUAUACUACUUUUUAAAAAUUCCUUAGCCCAUGCUUUUGACAUCCCUCCCCAGUUAUUUAUAUUGUGCUGUUCAUAGGGAAGCACUGCUAAAAUGAAAUCAGCAGCCCCAGCUUGCAGCUGCCAUUUAGAAUGUAUUCACCUUGACUUAGUAACAGAUGGCAAGCAGCUGCAUGAGGGUAAAAACCCUGCCAGAUACCAUUCAUAUGAUGUGAUGCUGAAUAAACAUGCAUUAGACCAA